GAAACAUCAAUUAAUAUUAUAGUUUGAAAACCUGUAAAAGAGCACUCUGCAGCAGUUAAAGCCUCUUGUGCUUCUUAAUCAGUCUGCAAAAACACAAAGGUGAGAGGAAUUGGUACUUUGCUGGCUGGAUUUACAGGGGCCUCUUGAGGAAGACAUAUGGCCAAGUCACUCCUGUAAUCCAAUUGGAAACCAAAUAACAGCGGGAGAUUGCCUCCACUACGCUCUUAAAUAGAAAACUAGAUAAAACUGAACAAGCUGAGCACACAACUCAUACAGAAAUUUUCUCUGUAUCAAAAGGCAGACAAAUAUAUUGGAUACCUAUUCAAGUGAUAUAAUUAAUAACCCCAUUCCACAAAAAUACUGCAGCUUUGCCAACAUACUUGUGCUUGAUUUUUGGGGGGGAAAUGAUUAGCAGCAUCGAAUAUCUUGGCAGCUGUGUGAAAAGUAAAAAACACUGAAGAAUGUAAAAAAUGAAAAAAAAAGAGCAGUUGCCUUUCAUUGUUUUGUUAGCGGAGACUGGGAUUUCAACUUCUGGGGGAGAAAAGAAUCCUCUAUGGUGAUUUACAAACCUGAAGGUAUUUUGUUGGGUUUGGUAGGAAACCUGAUCAUUCUUAGUGCAUGGUAGUAUAAUUGUAAAACUGGUCGUAGAGUCAUAGAAAAGUACAGGACAGAAACAGGCCCUUUGGCCCAUCUAGUCCAUGCUGAAUUCAUUUAAGCUGCCUACUCCCAUUGACCUGCACUGGGCCCAUAGCCCUCCAUGCCCCUACCAUUCAUCUAUCUAUCCAAACUUCACUUAAACAUUGAAAUCAAGCUCUUUCGACACUCUCAAGACCUUCUGAGUGAAGAGGUUUCCCUUCAUAUUCCCCUUAAACUUUUCACUUUUCACCUUUCACCGUUAACCCAUGACCUCUCGUUAUAGUCCUACCCAACCGCCUGCUUGCAUUUGAACAAGCCUGCUUGCAUUUACCCUAUCUAUAACCCUCAUAAUUUUGUAUACCUCUAUCAUAUCUCCCCUCAAUCUUCUGCACUCUAAAGAAUAAAGUCCUAACCUAUUCAACCUUGUAACUCAGAUCCUCCAGACCCAUUAACAUCCUUGUAAAUUUUCUCUAUUCUUUCAACUCACUCACAUCUUUCCUGUAGGUUAGUAACCAAAACUGCAAACAAUACUCCAAAUUAGGCCUCACCAGUGUAUCAUACAACUUCAACAUAACAUCCCAUCUCCUGUUCUCAACACUUUGAUAUAUGAAGGCCAAUGUGCCAAAAGCUUUCUUUACAACCCUAUCCACCUGUGACACUACUUUCAACAAAUUAUGGACCAGUAUUCUCAGGUCCUUUUGUUCUAUCACACUCUUUAGUGUCCUACCAUUCACUGUGUAAAACCUUCCCUAGGUGGUCCUACUGAAAUACAACACUGCACACUUGUCUGCAUUAAAUUCCAUCUGCCAUUUUUCCAGCUGAUGCAGAUCCCUCUGCAAGCCAGUGAUGGCCUUCCUCUUUGUCCACUACACCCCCAAUCUUGGUGUCAUCCGCAGAUUUGCUGAUCCAGUUAACCAUGUUGUAAUCUAUAUCAAUGAUCUAGAUGACACCAAGGACAAGUACCGAUACUUGCAGCACUCCACUAGUCACAGGCUUCCAGUCAGAGAGGCAACCACCUACCCACAAAGCCAAUGUCUAAUUCAGUUUACUACCUCAUCCUGAAUUCUGAACGACUGAAUCUUCUUGACCAACCUCCCAUGGGUGACCUUGUCAAAUGCCUUGCUAAAGUCUAUGCAGACAACAUCCACCGCUUUGCCUUCAUCUACUGUGUAGAAAUGCAGUCUAAUUUACGUAGAAUUGGCUGAGCAAUGUGUUGAGAACUAAUCUGAUUUGGGCAAAAAGGGAAAAGAACUGUAUAAAUGGAUUUGUCAUUUCUUCGUAGGCUAUUCCUCAGGAUCAAGGUUAACUUGCUUCCUCUCGAUGUGUGGUUCUGAGGUGAUUGAUAGGCUAAUAUGUGGCACACAGACUGUACUAUCAGUAGGGCCAGAAGUGGUUGAUGGGAUAGGAGAUGGGUGGGUAGUUUGAGAGGUGCUAUAUUCCUUGUAUUAUACACAGUGAACUUUCAUGUGACCCUGUGAAUGGAUUUCUCACUACCAGCCCCAAUGCUUCUUAUUCACUUCAAGCAGUCCUGCACCAGGCAUUCCUAAAAAUCAGUGGGAAUGAUAUUUUUAACAUUAUGUUAUUAAACAAAAGGUUAGGCUGUGAAAAUGCUCAUCAAUCUUCUUCUGUGCAUUAGUUAAUUUCUUGCACGUCAGAUCUCAGCAACAGGUCAAGAACAGAUUUGAAGGAAGGGCAUGGAAUUGCCAAUGUGAGGAGUAAGAUUGUUGCAAUUACACAUUGGUUAAAAUUAAUGAUAUACACUUGGUAAAUUGUACACUAAAUUAUGACAAUUCAUUGAAACCUACUGAAUAUUGAAGAGGGCUCAGCAUCAGAAUACAAGGACACCCAUUUAGAACAGAUGAGGUGUUUCUUUAGCCAGCGGGUAGUGAAUCUGUGGAAUUCAUUGCCAUAGACGGCAUUGGAGACCAAGUCAUUGGGUAUAUUUGAAUCAGAGGGUGAUAGGUUCUUGAUUAGUAAGGGUGUCAAAGGUUAUGGGAAGAAGGCAGGAGAGUGUGGUUUAGAGGGGAAAUAAAUCAGCCAUGAUUCAAUAUUGGAGCAGACUCAAUGGGACAAAUGACAUAAUUCUGCUCCUAUGUCUUAUGGUCUUUUAACAUGAUUAAUACUUCCAUAGAUAAUUUUUAAUCUAUUUUUGUCGCUAUCACCCUCUCUGCAAUCUAUUUUGAAAAGGCUACACUACUAUUCCAAGUUUUCAUAUGCCUUGAUAUUUAUAUUUAAAUGCCAAACCACACCAGCACUUUAGGGAAAACAUUUCUUUCUCGUUAGUUUCCACAAAAAAAGAUAGUUCUAUUUUUUUAAAGAUCCAGCUAUAUUGUGGAAAAAGUUACAUUUGGUUUAGAAUAAAUCUUUUGCUUUAUUCAAAUAAAAGGAAAUUUACAAACAGCAGUGACAUCUAGGCAGCAGCAAUGCCAUGUAUCAAUGGACUAAAUUGGAAACCACGGAGCAUAGAUAUUGCUUUCAAAUGUAUUUUUACAGAUGAAAAUCUCCAAUUUCAAUUCUGGAAUGUAAAAGAAAUUCCCAAUCAUCAAUACCCGAAUGGCCCAGAAACAUCAGCCGCUGACACGAGUACUCUCCAUUUCAUCGCUUAACUGAGUCGUAGUAAUAGAAUUGUCUACCACAAAAACAGGCCAUUUGGCCCACCAUGUCCAUCGAUAUUCAUUCCAUUUACCAGCUCCUGGCCUCAUUUAUGAAGCUGUAAACAUGAAUCUCAUAUCCUCUCUCGAUCUAUUCUGUUACCUUCAAAAAAUCUAUGUGUCACAACACUCAACCGUUUGUUUUUUCCUAGUCUGAAAUCUCACAUUAAAGAACACAUUUGAGAGUUGCAAUGGGAGAAGAGUCCUCAGAUAAUCUGACUCAUUGUGUUAUCUAGAUCCUAUUUCAGGAACUAAUCUGACCAUUCUCUAUCAGAUCCCUUCCUCUCCAGCCCUUUACCUUUCCCACCCACCUGGCUUCACUAUUACCUAGCUAUGCUCCUUCCCCUUGCCCUAACUCUUUAUUCUGGCUUCCCUGUUCCUUUCCAGUCCUGAAGAAGGGUCUUGGCCCAAAAUGCCAACUGUUUGUUCACUUCCAUGGAUGCUGCCUGACCUGAUGAGCCCCUCCAGCAUUUUGUGUGUUUUACCUUGAAUUUCCAGCAUCUGCAGAAUUUCUUGUGUUUAUAGUCUGACCAUUAUUCAUUUUAGUAAUCCCUCUAUUCCAAACUGAGUCUGGAAUGUAUUACAAUGAGUACUGCUGGACUAAGUUAUGUCCUACAAGUCAUUAUUCUUACCCCAUGCUUAGCUCAUUGCUGUACAUUUACAGAAAAUUGAAAAGUCAGACAUCUCUUAAAUUAUGAAAGGUGGAUCUGGGUGCCUGCGUGUCGUUUCCGAUUCAGUUAUAUUAAUCGCAGAUACAUGAAAACAUAGUGAAAUAAAAAAAUACAGUAAAUCACUGAAAACUAACAUGUAGAUGAAGCAAACAAUUAGGAAGGCUUUUGUUGAAGGAGAUUCCAGUACAGGAGUAGCAUUACUGGAUUACAAGGAGCCCUGGCUGAGUUGCAGCUGGACCACUGUUUUGCCCCCUCACCCAAGGCUGGACAUACAGUAUUUGUGAUGGAAGUGGUGCAAUAAAGAUUCGGCAGAUUGACUCCUGAGAAUGUGGGCUUUGACUGGCAAGAACAAAAGGAUCAUACUAGACUAGAGCUAUAUACUCCUGAAUUUCAAAGAAUUAUAAUGAUUUCAGUGAAACAAAACGCUGACAGGGGCUUUGACAGGGUAAUAUCGGAGACGUCACUUGGUCGGCACAACAAUGUGCUGUAGAUCUCUGUUCUACGUUUCCCCUGGUCUGGCAUCUAGAAAGGGUCAUAAAGCUUAAAUUUGCUAAAAUCUGGGGGCAAAGAAAUUUGUUCUUUCAAAGGGCAGUGUAUAUGUGAAACUCAUUUUUAGCAGAAUGAGGUACAAUAGUUCAAUUCCUCUCACUUUGUUUCAGAAUAGUGUGCAAGAUCGUCCCUAAAGUAUUUUGCCACUGCCAAAAUCUUUCAGCUCUAUUCUCCUUGGUUAAAAGGAUACUAUAUCCACACUGUUUACCUGCAAUGCUCGGAUCUUGAACAUGGUUGAAGUGUGAGGUGAGACAUGAUCACGAACCUUAUUUUAAUGUGUGCGCUGGGGUUAUUUUCUGGCGCGCAGCGCAUUUUAAAACAAAAUUAUACUGAUAAGAUUUAUUUAAUAUGAAUAAUACAGCGAAACGAUUGUGGAUUGAUGCUGGAAGUCUUCAGCAGCUCAGGAGCGCUUCUGUGUGGAGUUCCACAGGUUCCAACCGGAGCCCGAAUUGGUCCCUGAUUUAGCGAGUCCCUCUCUACCAAGUGGGUUCCCAAUGUUAGCCGCACGCGGAGAUUAUGACCCUUAACUUUACUAACACACCUAUUCUCUAACUACAACCACGUCUGAAACUAGCCGGUUGAGUACAUUCAGACGACCAAAGUAAGAGUUUUGAAAAGUAGCUUAUGUUCUGUGGGUUGGUUAGACAGGGAGACUUUACUGCCCAACAGCACGCGUUCUUUAAAAUGGCGUAGCCAAUUAAAAAAAACACGAAACCGAAGUAAAUGCGUUUAUUUUAAAAAAAAGCUAUCUUACGAAUUCGAUCAACUAAAUACUUUACUCCCGUUACAAUGUGCACCUAUGGGGUCGAUAGAAUGGGGAUUCUCAAAGAUUUUCGCACAACUCGGCAAUUCUCCUCCUCCAUUCCCGCCCCUUUGGUUGAGCCAAAGGUGGUAACCCGAAGUCUGCCGACGAAUGUCUCCAAAGGGUGAUGGAAAAACACCGCACUUCACAUCUCUGAAGUCAGCCUUCUGUAUAAAAGUCACCUCCCCGCCGCUUAACAAGCACUGCUCUUCCCGUUGCUCUGCGAAUCAGAGAAAAUCGAAACAUUUUACUUCACCUCAAACAAAUUUUUAAUUCGGAUUCUUUUUUUCUUUAAAAGAUCCACGCAGAUAAAAAUUAAUACGUUGCCAUUUGUUAAAAUCAAGUGUUUUCAGAGCUAGGGAAAAGGCGACUGCCGUGCGAAGCCGGCUUACCUCCUCCGCCGAAGAACAAACGCGAUAUUCAUGUGCAGCGAGUCAAUUGCCUUAUUUCGGGGAAGCGCAGAGGCGGCUGCGGAGACGACCCAGACCCUGUGCGAGUCUGACUGCGCCCCACUCUCUCCCUGCUAGGCUCCUGACCUGCUCCAUGCCGAGAAACAUGAAACUCGCUGCUUACCUGCUCUGCCUUUCGUGCGCGGGUCUGGUCUCGGGUCAGCUUUCCAUCGGAAAAAGGUAAAACAAAAAACUAUGUAAAGUUCUUAAACUUCCGUGUACUCUCGAACAUCGGACGCCUGGUUCUAUUACAGCGGGAGAGACAUUCCGGCGUUUGCUCAUGUCACCUAGGGUAACGAGGCUGAAAAUUUACUCCCUGUCACCCCGCACUGUCAGAAUUAAUAGAUGAUCCUUGCACUCGAGCACCUCAGAUCAACUCGGUGACCGGUAAACGUACUGGAAGCUACUUACAAUGUGGUUGCGUCAGGUAACCAACUAUUUCCACUUGGAGCUCCCGUUUUUACUGUCCCACAUCCACGCAGGAGUUUUACACUGCGGCUUCACUGCUUCUUCUGGUCAGAGGUUUGCAGUCGUAAAACAUGAGGGUCAAAAGAAGGCCUUAACGAACUUUAAAUGUGGCGGAGUUAAAAGCGGAGUGUCAGGUUUCAUUGGAAGUGAGGGUUUCCCUGGACUCUACCCGGCCAACAGCAAAUGUACAUGGAAAAUUACGGUACCAAAAGGCCGGGUGGUUGCUCUUAAUUUCCGGUUCCUUGAUCUGGAACGUGACACACUCUGUCGGUAUGAUUAUGUUGAUGUUUACGAUGGACAUGUCAAUGGCCAGCGGUUGGGCAGAUUUUGUGGGACUUCAAAGCCUGGCGCGAUCAUCUCAUCUGGCAACAAAAUGUUGGUCCAGAUGGUAACCGAUGCCAACACUGCAGGAAGUGGUUUUGUUGCUAUGUACUCUGCAACCAGGCCAAACCAGAGAAAUGAUCAGUUUUGCGGUGGUCGUCUGGAAAAGUCACCCGGCUCCUUCAAAACACCCAACUGGCCAGACUAUGACUACCCAGCGGGAGUCUCCUGCUCAUGGCACAUUGUGGCACCCAAAAAUCAGGUAAUUGAGUUAAAAUUCGAGAAAUUUGAUGUUGAACGAGACAACUAUUGCCGAUAUGAUUAUGUUUCUGUAUAUAAUGGCGGUGAAAACAAUGAUGCAAAACGAAUUGGCAAGUUCUGUGGAGAUAGCCCUCCAGCGCCAGUUCUGUCACAAGAAAAUGAAAUAGUGGUGCAGUUCCUCUCGGAUCUAAGUGUCACAGCUGAUGGUUUCUUGGCUCACUACAAAUUCAGAUCAAAGAAGUUUCUCAGCACAGCUGCACCAGUCACAGCACCGACCAUAACAACCAUUAAGCCAACAGUGCCUCCUUGCCAGCUGAAAUGCAGAAGAAGUGGAACAAUGGGAAGCAAUUAUUGUAACAGUGACUUUGUACUAACUGGGACAGUUAUAACUGCUGUAACACGCAAUGGUAGCAUCCAUGCAACGAUCUCUAUCAUAAAUAUUUAUAAAGAAGGGACUCUGGCAAUUCAACAAGCAGGGAAGAACAUGAGUGUCAAAAUAAUUGCAGUGUGUAAAAAGUGUCCAAUUAUUAAACGAGGACUGAAUUACAUUUUCAUGGGCCAAGUCGAUGAAACUGGAAAAGGCAGAGUACUUCCCAACAGCUUUGUCGUCCCCUAUAAAUCAAAGAACCAAAGGUUUCUGAACAACUUGAAAAACAGACGAUGCUAAACACACAUAGCAGUGACUUUACUUUCUAUUUAUGAUGCAAGAAAUCUUUCACUGAUUUUAAUUUGGUUUGUUACAAGGUCCUCUUAACUGGUAGGAAACAUUAUAUUGACAAAUAGAAGCAUUCAGAUAAGUUUGAUGGAAUAUAUUUAAAGUGCUGCCAAGAAUUUGGAUGCUUGCUAUGGGUAUUUUAAUUCUCAAACUAGCAGGGGAAAGUCUGGACAGAAAGAUUAGCCCCAUAUUCACUCUGGCUUUCAAACUGUCUAUUCGUAACAGCAAUGACAGAGAAUGAACCUAUGUAUAGCGUGUAGCACACUGCUACAAUAUCUUAUAUUCUUUCAUAUCAUAAUAAAUGGUCUUAAGUGCAAUAACAAUGUACAGCAAAUGAUGUAUUGUAAUUAAUGUUUUAAUCUUUUUUAUUUCUUCAACUGUCAUUAUUUACAUAAUGUAUCUGCUGCUUAAUAAAAAAAAUAUGGUAUA